AUGACCAAGUUCAGAAUGGCUCAUGAUCUGGAGGCAGUUAGUCUGGCGCCGAACGGAGUAGAGCUGGAUGGCCCAUUUGGGUCUCGUCCGGAAAUCUGUGGCCUCCAUCAACAGCGUUUCCGCGAGGUAUUCGGAGCUUCCUCUGCCACCAGCCGGUGCGGAGAGAACGUUGACUUUCAAGCCUACCAUAUUCUUCACAGUGUACAACCUUAUCAAAAUCUCUUUUCGAAAAUUGCGCGUCCACCAUCAACGCUAUCGGAAACAGCAUGCUGGUAUUUCGAGGCGGUUUUCACCCUCCAAGACUAUCUCUUGAACAAUGAGAUUGCAACAUGGGAAUCUGCAGUCAAGUACCUUCAGGAUCGGCGCAUUAUCAACACUGAAGAGGCGAACGAGUAUCACGGAGUGUCGCAAUACGCCGUCUUCUGCCUCAUCGGGGCCAUGACGUGUCUCUACAAGCCGGCAGAGCCCGUCGGUGAUUUCUUGGCAGGUUUCGGCGAUAUGUUGCCUUUGAUGGCCCCAAACGGGAAGACCGCAGUGGACCAAGGGCAGAUGUUGGACCCUGGUAAAUUCAACGCCGAUGUCAUGAUCAGGACUUUGAAGAUGAACGUUGUGUGGACGGAUGUUUUGGGCACGCAUUUGGACUUUGAUGGUACUACCAACACCUUGUUUCUUUUCAGGCAGGCUACAUUAUGUCUCCUUAAUUCGGGCGACGAGCGCACAGCGGGCCGGACCCCGCUGCAAAGUUGUGUUGUCGACGGUAUUGCGGACGAGCGGACAUUGACAGAUCUCUCGCGGGAGAUAAUCCUCUCCCUCCAUCUGAUAUACUGGCAGAAUCCGGAAUCCCGACGGGUGUUCAGUGAGGACAAAGCCUUUGCAGGGGUCCCCCGGGAGACAAGGGAUCGUUUGCUGCGCGACAUUUGCGGCGGGAAGUGGACCUUCGACUUUCCUGGUUGCAGACCCAAGCGCAUCUAUGACUUGCAUAACGAUUUUCCUAUCCUUGGGGCCAGGCUUCAAUGCCUCAGCGAGCAUGUCCGCCUCCAAGAGCCCAAGAACCUAGGGCAGUUGUGGAGGGACAAGAGAAACACGUUGCAAUGGUGGACGUUUUGGGCUGUGCUCGUGUUUGGGUUCGUGACGGUCCUGCUGGCCGUCGCUCAGACUGUUCUCGCUGCCCUGCAGGUUUUUUACGCACCGCGGGCACUCCGGGCCUGCUCCAUCAUGGCGCCCAGUCCUCCCGUCGAAGGCCAGACCAGCGGGUCCAACCCAACUUCAGGCACCCCAAAGAAACAACCCUGGCGUACAAUCUACCCCUGUGUCCUGGAAGCCCUCAAUGCAGAUACCUCUUUCACGGUCCAGAGGCCCCGCGGCAACAUCCCCAAGCACUGGAACAACGUAGAGCGCGGAAUUCUAUCUACUACUCAAGAGACGGCUCUAGCUAAAUUGAUCGAGCAAAAAUUUGGAGGCAAAGUUUGGUAUGAUCGCAGUGAUGGUGAUGGCGAGCCGGAUGAGGAACCAUGCGAAAGCUGCGGGAAUUUACCAUGCACCUACGAGUACGACCUUAAGAUGGCAUUCCAGAACCGCUCUCAAAAGGCGUACCCGGAUCUCUCUCAAGCAGACCUGGACUGGGCUCCAUGCCGUAAAACAACGGGCACGAUUAAGUUUAUUGCUCCGCUUCCAAAAUGGGAGACAGAGAAGCCAUUCAAUUUGGCCCUACCACUUCCAGCAGACCAACCCAAGACCAACUCCGUGUACGACUCGCACGAUGUACAAAUUAGUGACGGGCGAGGGAGAGAAAGCGAAUUCUCCCUGGAUAAACAUGGCUUUGCCUUUGCAGAGAUUCCUCCUGGAGCUACAGCUUUACAGAGUAGGACGGCCAUCGAAACGGAGUACCUGUCAAAUAUGGAGUCGUUCCUAAAGGAGUACCUAGAUGCGGAAAAGAUGCUCAUCGAAGAUGGGCCCCUCACUGAUCUCGGGUAUUACCAGCUCCGUGAAGUGAAACGUGGUCGACGCUACAAGUGGCAGGAGAAGCGGCCACCCGCCCGGAAUGCUCAUACAGAUCAAACCCCCGAAGCUGCUUUGAGCCGCCUUCACCUUUACUUCGGCGAGGAUGCAGAGGAACUAGCGAAAGGAAGAGUCCGCUUUGUGAAUAUCUGGCGCCCGCUCAUCGAGCCUUUAGAGGACACGCCUCUCGCUCUCCUUGAUGCUCGAACCUUGGCUGAUGAAGAUCUCUUGGCACACGACAUCGUGUAUGCCCAUUAUGUGGGCGAAAAUUACCUAUUACGCUUCAACAGCAAUCACCGAUGGUACUAUUUUAAUCACAUGAGAAAGAACGAGUGUAUCAUCAUCAAGAACUUCGAUUCAAGCAUGGAUCAGUCUGCAAGGAGUUGA